AGUUUUUAAAAUGCUGAAGACACUGAAAGACCUGAAUAGUAAGCCUUUAAUAAACAUUAUUCGGUAUUAUUAUUGUUGUUGUUGUAGCCUUCUGGGAAGUUGCGAAUGCCAGAUUAAGAACAAUGGACCCAUACCCAGAUGGUGGCGAUUGCAGUGAUAACAAUGGCUGAGAUUUCCUAAGCCCUAACUAUGUGCCAGGCAUAGUUGUACAUGCUUUACACACAUGAUCUCAUUUAAUCAUCACCAUAACCCUCGGAAGGAGGUAUUAUUAUCUUCCCAUUUUAUAGAUGAGGGUCAGAGAGGUAAAGUAACUCAUCCUGCAUUAGUAGGUGUUGGAGGAAGCCAAGGUCUGUCUGACUCAGCACCAGGGUGGCUUUGCUGCUGUGUAAGUCAAAGAGUCUUCUCAGUUCUAAAUCCUCAAAGAAGUAUGAGUUAUAUCAAUUCAUGGCUUUACUUUGUUUAUCUUCAUAUGUGCCACAUCUUCUAAAAGGAAAACUCCAAAUAUAGUCAUGUGGCUCCUCCUAGGGAAUUAUAGGCAUUUGGCUGAAUCUGAAUACGUAUCCCCGUAUUCCAGAAAUUGGAAAUCACAUGUAUGUCUUCUUUAUGGUGAGGUCUUCAGAGCAGCCACCAUCUCUGAUCGUUCAGGGCUUGGCAUGAGGAUGUGCUCAAUAUAGUCAUGGAGAAGAACUCAUGGACUGAACUUCCUGGUGAACCAGAGGGAUGGUGCAGAGAUUUAAGAUUGCAACAGGAACCCCCAAGCCAAUGAUCUCACCCAGGGUGGCAGAAGGAGGCCUUCUGGAGCUGACCCACCCCCGACGACCAUCAGGGUGAGGCAACUCCAAGGUCCUACUCUCUUUCUGUGCCUGUUACCCACCCCAUCCUCCUAGGGUGCCCUUGAGCCGCAAAACUGCUGUCCACGUGGACCGGGGGUGACAUCGCACGUCCAUCUGCCAGGACCCCUGCGUCCAAAUUCCGAGACAUGGCGACCAACGGCAGCAAGGUGGCCGAUGGGCAGAUCUCCACCGAGGUCAGCGAGGCCCCUGUGGCCAAUGACAAGCCCAAAACCUUGGUGGUCAAGGUGCAGAAGAAGGCGGCAGACCUCCCCGACCGGGACACGUGGAAGGGCCGCUUCGACUUCCUCAUGUCCUGUGUGGGCUAUGCCAUCGGCCUGGGCAACGUCUGGAGGUUCCCCUAUCUCUGCGGGAAAAAUGGUGGGGGAGCCUUCCUGAUCCCCUACUUCCUGACACUCAUCUUUGCGGGGGUCCCACUCUUCCUGCUGGAGUGCUCCCUGGGCCAGUACACCUCCAUCGGGGGGCUAGGGGUAUGGAAGCUGGCUCCUAUGUUCAAGGGCGUGGGCCUUGCGGCUGCUGUGCUAUCAUUCUGGCUGAACAUCUACUACAUCGUCAUCAUCUCCUGGGCCAUUUACUACCUGUACAAUUCCUUCACCACGACACUGCCGUGGAAACAGUGCGACAACCCCUGGAACACAGACCGCUGCUUCUCCAACUACAGCAUGGUCAACACCACCAACAUGACCAGCGCUGUGGUGGAGUUCUGGGAGCGCAACAUGCAUCAGAUGACGGACGGGCUGGAUAAGCCAGGUCAGAUCCGCUGGCCACUGGCCAUCACGCUGGCCAUCGCCUGGAUCCUUGUGUAUUUCUGUAUCUGGAAGGGUGUUGGCUGGACUGGAAAGGUGGUCUACUUCUCAGCCACAUACCCCUACAUCAUGCUGAUCAUCCUGUUCUUCCGUGGAGUGACACUGCCCGGGGCCAAGGAGGGCAUCCUCUUCUACAUCACACCCAACUUCCGCAAGCUGUCCGACUCCGAGGUGUGGCUGGAUGCGGCAACCCAGAUCUUCUUCUCAUACGGGCUGGGCCUGGGGUCCCUGAUCGCUCUCGGAAGCUAUAACUCUUUCCACAACAACGUCUACAGGGACUCCAUCAUCGUCUGCUGCAUCAAUUCGUGCACCAGCAUGUUCGCAGGAUUCGUCAUCUUCUCCAUCGUGGGCUUCAUGGCCCAUGUCACCAAGAGGUCCAUUGCUGACGUGGCGGCCUCAGGCCCUGGGCUGGCGUUCCUGGCAUACCCGGAGGCGGUGACCCAGCUGCCUAUCUCCCCACUCUGGGCCAUCCUCUUCUUCUCCAUGCUGCUGAUGCUGGGCAUUGACAGCCAGUUCUGCACUGUGGAGGGCUUCAUCACAGCCCUGGUGGAUGAGUACCCCAGGCUCCUCCGCAACCGCAGAGAGCUCUUCAUUGCUGCUGUCUGCAUCAUCUCCUACCUGAUUGGCCUCUCUAACAUCACUCAGGGGGGUAUUUAUGUCUUCAAACUCUUUGACUACUACUCUGCCAGUGGCAUGAGCCUGCUGUUCCUCGUGUUCUUUGAAUGUGUCUCUAUUUCCUGGUUUUAUGGUGUCAACCGAUUCUAUGACAACAUCCAAGAGAUGGUUGGAUCCAGGCCCUGCAUCUGGUGGAAACUCUGCUGGUCUUUCUUCACACCAAUCAUUGUGGCGGGCGUGUUCAUUUUCAGUGCUGUGCAGAUGACACCACUCACCAUGGGAAACUAUGUUUUCCCCAAGUGGGGCCAGGGUGUGGGCUGGCUGAUGGCUCUGUCUUCCAUGGUCCUCAUCCCUGGGUACAUGGCCUACAUGUUCCUCACCUUAAAGGGCUCCCUGAAGCAGCGCAUCCAAGUCAUGGUCCAGCCCAGCGAAGACAUCGUUCGCCCAGAGAAUGGUCCUGAGCAGCCCCAGGCCGGCAGCUCCACCAGCAAGGAGGCCUACAUCUAGGGUGGGGGCCACUCACCGACCCGACACUCUCACCCCCCGACCUGGCUGAGUGCGACCACUGCUUGAUGUCUGAGGAUACCUUCCAUCUCAACCUACCUCGAGUGGCGAGUCCAGACACCAUCACCACGCAGAGAGGGGAGGUGGGAGGACAGUUAGACCCCUGGGUGGGCCCUGCCGUGGGCAAGGAUACCCGGUGGCUUCUGGCACCUGGCGGGCUGGUGACCUUUUUAAUCCAGGCCCCAUCGGCAUCCCACGAUCAGCCUUCGUAACCGCCGCAGUAGAUCAUUUUUAUCCCGCCAGGGAGUGUGAUGCAGCGAGGCCACACGUGCUCCUGGCUUUUAAACCUGUUCCUGACUGUUCUCUUACUGCUGAAACCCUUGACUGUUAUCUCGGACUUUGCAGGAGUUCCUUUCCCUCCGAACGCUGCUCCAUGCACAGGAAAAGGGCAUUUUGUACAAUGGGGACUUCCCGGGAACGCUUGCUCUUAAGUACCAGAAGCCGGCGGAGCUCUGGCUUUCGUGUUUUUGGUUUUCUCCUUCCCAAGGCAGCUGGAUCAAAACAAAACAAAACAAAACAAAAAAACCCAGGGGCCUCAGUCGAUAUUCCCAGGGCCGCUUCUCCUGCAGUCUGUGGAGCGUCCUUGUCCCCGCCGCCGGAAUGAAUGAGCAUUCUGCAGCCCGAUGUCCCUGUCCCCUCCCCGCCGGGCCAUUCUGAUUGGACCUGGCCCAGUGCAAUCCGUCCAGACAAGUCCUGCUUGCUGGAAAACUGCCACAAGCACAAUUGAUCUCUUUUUAUCACCAUUCCAGGGGCCUCAGGUCCUACUGGGGAAACUUCCUAUUCCGGAGCUCCAGUUUCUCUUAAGAUGCCCAAUUUCACAGAGUACAAAAUAGUUGUAGGGGAAAUCAAGGUGAAGGAUCUGUCCGACAGUCAAGACGGAUCCACAGUUAUCUUUCGGUCUCCUUCUUAAACUACCACCCUCACUGCCACCCACCCCAAGCGGCUGCCACCUCACCUUCCUUGAAAUUCCUCAGCGGGAGUCUCCUCACUGCCACUAAAACCCACCCAGCCCACUAACUGAGGAGCUAGUGUUAAUCCAGAGAACCCCCCACAAUGUGCUUCCGAGAUUCAGACUGCUUCAUUGGGAAGUAUGAUUUGUUCCUUUCUGGAAUUGGGCUCCGUGGUGGCGGCGGCACUUCAAGCAAAGACAGUUUCUUGCAAGCUCCAGUAGCUCCGCGUGUCUCAUUUGCCAGGAAGAUGGGUUCCCACGUAGCAAAUCGUACAUCGUGCCCUGUAGCUCCUUAGCUAGUUAGCUCACAAGCCGUGUUUUAUGACUAAUCCUUAAUAACUAUGGUAAAUAACUGUGACUGUGGGGUUUUUAAUCUCUUGUCAUUCUCAUCCGAAAGUGACCAGCAUACCAGUUCUUGCAAUAAGAUAUUACCCUCAGAAUAUUAAGCACAUUAUUGUAGAGAAAAAAAAAAUAUGUGUACACAUAUCAACGCACAACAUGCACAUUCAUCCUCACGUGUGGCACGUAAGGUCUCAUUUGAUAUUGUGUAGGAAAUCUGAAGCCUUUUCCUGAGGUCAUCUGUAAAAUAGUCUCAUUGCCAAGGGAUCCCCAGUGCCAGCUGGUGAAUCCAUGAUCAAAAUGCAUACGUAUUGUUAAAUGAUAAGGUUUAGAAUGACAGGAACCCAUCACUGUGUCUCAUGGUCCCACUUCCCCAUCUGUGUGUGAAUUCCUUUAGACUAAGGGCAGGAAGACUUCCAACUUUCUCUUUGUUCUUCAAUGUGAAACUGAGACCAAGUCUCUCUAAGAUAAAUGCAGUGUAUUUAAUGUUUGUAAGCAAUUCUAAGUGAGAUGUUUGGCAAGAAAUCCCCUAACUGAUUUCCAUCCAAACCUACCUUAUAGAGCACAAUAUUAAGUGUCGUACAAUUACUGUGAGAACUGUGAAUAUGUGUAACUUUUUUUUUAGUAUUUGCCCGGGGGGAAAAAGAUAUUGUAUUAUCAUAUAUGCUUUUUUUGCAAUAAGGAUUUAUUCUCAGAACACCAAGUAAAUCUAUCUCUAUAUAAAAAAUAUAUGUAAUAUAUACAUAUUCAAAGUAUAUACAGAGCCUGUUUUAAAAAAUACAGUAUUAUUUAGUAAAAUUAUCUGUUCUGUGGACCAAAUGUAAAAUAUUUAUAAAUGAAGAUGCAUUUUAAAUGUCUAUAAAUGGUGUCAUAACUAGAGCACGGGCGUUAUGUAAGUUUCUAAGAAUUUAGAGGAUAAAUAAUAAAGGUUCUAUGAUAUACAA